UAAUCCUGUAUAAAUUCUUUUUAAUGCUGUUCGAUCUGCUCCCCAAUCAAUACCAGCCAUACAUCUCAUAAUGUUUCAUAUUGUUUAUCUAUGAUUCUUUCUAUAUGUACUUUCCAUAUCAUUUUUUCACCAAACCAUAGACCUAACAAAUUUGAUAUUUUUGACUUGUUCUAAAACUUGAUUGUAUCGUAUUAGUUUUAUAUUUGAUCUUUUCCUUUUCUGUGUAAACACCAUUGCUUUUGUUUUUUCCACUGAGAACUUAAAUCCCCAUUGAUGUGCCCAUUGUCCUAUUCUAAUAAUCUCAUCCUGUUUUUUCUUUUCAACAAGCAGGUAUGUGAUUGUAACUCUCCGUGGACCAGGUUCAGAACAAUAGUUUUCCGGAAUUAAGGAGAGGAAGACUAACCACCACCCAGGAGUUUAACUAUACAUCCUCCACUGUUCCACUGUUCCACUGUUCCGGUUACAACUGAUUGUGCAGGUGGAGAUGGCUUUGAGAGAUUGAGCAAUAACAGUCACCAGACGGUUAUCUGGGUUCUCCUCGUAAAGGGAUGAGAGGCAUCCGCCAGCGCAGUAACAGUGAAAUGAUGACGGCAACGAGUGCCGGUCCUUCUCUGGAUGGACGCGCAUGCACCGCGAAAACGGCAGCACUUUUUCGAUACACAGAAACGGUGUGUCGGGAGAGAGAGCUUCUUUGACAUGCUAAGAGAGUUCAUCGCAACAGUGGAGUCAUAUAUGCAAGCUUUUCUGCCUGGAAUGUGUGAUUUAAAGCACAAGGAUUUCCUCAACCUCCAGGAUCCACCAUUCCUGUGGAAAUGGGAGUUGGACUGGAAGCGCUGUCGUGCCCGUGAUCGUUGUGCCGCUGAGUCACUGCACUAGGACUGCCAGCAGUCCUUGACCCAGAUGCUGCAGAUCUCCCACGUGAAGGAAGUGGACACACUGAGGCAGCGUCUGCUGGCUCAGGGGCAGAAACUGGAGGCAGCGUCUGAUGGCUCAGGGGCAGAAACUGGAGGCAGCGUCUGCUGGCUCAGGGGCAGAAACUGGAGGCAGCGUCUGCUGGCUCAGGGGCAGAAACUGGAGGCAGCGUCUGCUGGCUCAGGGGCAGAAAAUGGAGGCAGCGUCUGCUGGCUCAGGGGCAGAAACUGGAGGCAGCGUCUGCUGGCUCAGGGGCAGAAAAUGGAGGCAGCGUCUGCUGGCUCAGGGGCAGAAACUGGAGGCAGCAGAGACUGGCCAAGCUGGAGACCCACCUCUCCAAGAAGGCGCACCUCAUCAAACACUAGUCAGACUCGACACAAACAAAGGAGCCACCAGUGGACGGACGGACGGACGGACGGACGGCCGCACGCACUGCCGUGCGCAGGGUUUGACCACACGCCAAAGAGUAUUCUUCCCAAAGAAUACCCUAGUUUGAGGGCAAAACUAAGGAAGGACAACCCCACUGUUCCGGUUACAAAGAGGCUGUGGUCAUGUCUAAAGCAUUGCCAUUCCUGUUCCCACUGUGUAUCCCACCCCUCUCAGGGGCAGAAACUGGAGGGUGAGACUGGCCAAGCUGGAGACCCACCUAUCCAAGAAGGAGCACCCUAGCUUCGGGCGCCAUUUGAGGGCGUCCGUGCCUCAGGGGCGGACGCAAAAAAGUCCAAGCCUGCUUCUAGCAGAGAGGAGGAGGAAAAAGAGAGUUACAAUCUCACCAUUCAGGGAGUAUACAAGGGACGACAUGUCAAGACUGGACAGCUGGCUGCCAUCAAAGUCAUGGACGUCACAGAGGAUAAAGAGGAGGAAAUCAAGCUGGAUAUAUAUAUAUAUAUAUAUAUAUAUAUAUGCAACAGCUCCUGCGUGGGAGGAAUGAAUAGGAGGCCCAUUCUCACCCUGUUCAUCUUUUAUAUCAUUUUAUUUAGUUCAUUGUAAAUAUUUGAUUUGAAUGUAUUAUUUGAAUGUAUUUAUUACACUGUAUAUAGUUCAUUUUAUAAAGGUUUAGUGUUCUGUCUUUUGUUACAUAUUGAUUUAUUUGUUAGUUGUGUUUAAUAAAUGUUUUUCUCUAA